AGCUGCUGCAUUCCAUCCUAUUCACACCGGGGAGCGCGAGCACACGGUCGCCACGGUGGAUAUGGCCGCGAGUUCAGGAAUUUAACUAUGGCACGGACGUGUAAUCCCAGGAUCACCUGAGCAAGGCCGCUGGCUGCAGAGCUGUUGCGAAUGAUGCAGUAAGUGACAGCUUUGAGAGGAGAGGAGAGAAGAGAACGCUGGAUCAAUACGCGCUGUGUUUCUGCCCGCUCUUGUUGCUUGCAUAUCCGUAAACAAAUAAAUAAACCGGAGUUCUACUCCAGAAGAGUCGGACUCACAAAUAGGACCCACCCGAACCUCACCUGUGUGGACCAGAGCCGAAAUGUGGCCUCAACCGGGGCCACACUCUUCCCUCAGCGCAGGGCGAGUGCUCUUUCUUGGGCUGCUGACUCUGUCGCUCUCCUUUUGUUCAGCUGGAGGAGCUGCUGCAGAGCCCUUCCAGACCUUCUCUCCAUCAGAAUGGGGCCUGACCCACCUGGCCAUUCAUAACACCACUGGAGAGGUGUACGUUGGUGCUGUUAACUGGAUCUACAAGCUCUCAAGCAACUUGACCAAACUGAGGAGUCACAUGACUGGGCCAGUAGUGGACAACGAAAAAUGCUACCCUCCGCCAAGCGUCCAGUCCUGCCCACAUGACCUGUCCCAGACCAACAAUGUGAACAAGCUGCUGCUGGUGGACUACGGCCAGAAUCGUCUUAUCGCCUGCGGAAGCACCUCGCAAGGCAUCUGCCAGUUCCUGCGUCUGGACGACCUUUUCAAGCUGGGGGAGCCGCAUCAUCGCAAGGAGCACUACCUUUCCAGUGUGGCUGAAUCCGGCACCAUGUCUGGAGUCAUCAUCUCAGAAGGAUCUCGCAGCAAGCUCUUUAUUGGAACCCCUAUUGAUGGGAAGUCGGAAUACUUCCCAACCCUGUCCAGUCGCAAGCUGAUGGCCAACGAAGAGAAUGCUGACAUGUUUAGCUUUGUCUACCAGGACGAGUUUGUCUCCUCGCAGCUCAAGAUCCCCUCAGACACACUGUCCAAGUUCCCGGCCUUCGACAUCUACUAUGUCUACGGCUUCAGCAGCGAGCAGUUUGUCUACUACCUAACCCUGCAGCUGGAUACCCAGCUGACUUCACCAGACGCCAGCGGGGAACAGUUCUUUACUUCCAAGAUUGUGCGUCUCUGUGUGGAUGACCCCAAAUUCUACUCCUACGUGGAGUUUCCAAUCGGUUGCACCAAGGACGGCGUGGAAUACCGCCUGAUCCAGGACGCCUACAUAAGCAAGCCGGGUAGGCAGCUGGCCAGCUCUCUGGGGGUGUCGGAGAAUGAGGACAUCCUAUUCACCGUCUUCUCCCAGGGCCAAAAGAACAGAGCCAAGCCCCCAAAAGAGUCUGCCUUGUGCCUAUUCACGCUGAGGCGCAUUAAGGAGAAGAUUAAGGAGAGGAUCCAGUCCUGCUACAGGGGCGAAGGCAAACUGUCUCUGCCCUGGCUCCUCAACAAAGAGCUGGCAUGCAUCAACUCGCCUCUGCAGAUCGAUGACAAUUUCUGUGGGCAGGAUUUCAACCAGCCAUUGGGUGGCACGAGCACCAUCGAGGGCAUUCCUCUCUUCAUAGACAAGGAUGAUGGGAUGACCUCGGUGGCAGCCUACGAUUACCGCGGAAACACCGUGGUCUUCACUGGCACCCGCACCGGCCGCAUGAAGAAGAUUCUGAUAAACUCGGUGAGUCCGUCCAGGCCGGCGCUGCUGUAUGAGAACGUGGUGGUGGGAGAUGGCAGCCCCAUCCUGAGGGACCUGCUCUUCAGUCCAAACCAGCAGUUCAUCUACACCCUCACUGAGAAACAGGUGAAGCGUGUUCCAGUUGAGAGCUGUGAUCAGUACAAAAGCUGUUCCGAGUGUCUGGGCUCCAGAGACCCUCACUGUGGCUGGUGUGUCCUGCUCAACGUCUGUUCCCGAAAGGAUCGAUGUGAGCGAGCUGAUGAGCCUCAGCGCUUCGCCUCCAGAGUGGAUCAGUGUGUGGAGCUCUCCGUUCAACCCAACAACAUCUCUGUUACCAUGUCUGAAGUCCAGUUGGUUCUCCAGGCACGGAAUGUUCCAGAUCUGUCGGCGGGCGUGAACUGCUCGUUUGAGGACUACACUGAGACGGAAGCACGUAUACAAGGCUCACGCAUCUACUGCCUCUCUCCCACUGCUAAAGAGCUCAUCCCCAUCACCCGCCACCAAGGUGAUAAACGUGUGGUGAAACUCUAUCUGAAAUCAAAGGAAACGGGGAAGAAGUUUGCCAGCGUGGAUUUCGUCUUCUACAACUGCACUGUGCACAAAUCGUGUUUGACAUGUGUGAACGGCUCUUUCCCGUGUCACUGGUGUAAAUACCGCCACAUGUGCACGCAGAAUGCCAACGACUGCUCCUUCCAGGAAGGCCGGGUCAACAUGUCAGAGGAUUGUCCUCAGAUUCUUCCAUCCACUCAGAUCUAUAUCCCUGUCGGUGUGACGAAGCCCAUUACUCUGGCAGCUCGGAACCUUCCCCAGCCACAGUCCGGCCAGAGGAACUACGAGUGUAUCUUCCACAUCCAGGGGGAGACCCAUAGUGUGACAGCCCUGCGCUUCAACAGCUCCAGCAUCCAGUGCCAGAAAACCACCUAUAAUUACGAUGGAAACGACAUCAGUGAUCUGCCAGUGGAUCUCUCUGUGGUGUGGAAUGGAAACUUUGUUAUCGACAACCCAUACAAUAUAAAAGCUCACCUGUACAAGUGCUAUGCUCUGAGGGAAAGCUGUGGCAUGUGUCUGAAGGCUGACCCGCGCUUCGAGUGCGGCUGGUGUGUGCAGGAAAAGAAGUGUUCACUCCGGCAGGAGUGCGCUGCGCCUGAGCACACCUGGAUGCACGCCACAGCUGGAAACAGCCGCUGUACACACCCUCGCAUUAUCAAGCUGACUCCCGAGACGGGGCCGCGGCAGGGGGGCACCAAGCUGACCAUCACCGGUGAGAACCUGGGCCUGCAGUUCAGAGACAUCCAGAACGGCGUCCGAAUCGGCAAGGUGGCCUGCCAUCCCAUCGAGGAGGACUACAUCAGCGCUGAGCAGAUUGUGUGUCGCCUGACGGAUGCUACAGGCUACCGUGUGCAGGAGGCCCAGGUGGAGGUGUGCGUGAGAGAUUGUCAGCCGGAGUACAGAGCCAUUUCUCCCAAAGCUUUCACCUUUGUGUCUCCAUACUUCACACGUGUGGUGCCUUCGCAUGGGCCAGUCUCUGGCGGGACGAGGAUCACCAUACACGGCAUCCACCUGAAUGCCGGCAGCGCGGUGUCCGUCAAAAUCGGCCUCAACCCCUGCCACUUCGAGAGGCGCAGUGCCAGGGAGAUUGUGUGCAUGACUCCGGCGGGGCUGAGCACCGGGAGCAUUCCUGUGAUGGUGGACAUUAACGCAGCGGAGCUCCGGAACCCUGAAGUGAAGUUCAACUACACCAGCGACCCCACCAUCACCAGGAUCGAGCCUGACUGGAGCAUUGCCAGUGGUGGCACUCCACUGACUGUUAUUGGUACCAACCUUGACACUGUGAAAGAGCCCAAGAUGAGAGCAAAGUAUGGAGAAAUCAAGUCUGUCAAUAACUGUACAGUGGUCAAUAACACCGUGAUGGUGUGCCUGGCACCCUCUGUGGCUGGCACAGACACUGAGAGGAGCUUAUCUGAGGUGGGCAGCAGUCCAGAUGAGAUAGGCUUCGUUAUGGACAAUGUGCUCACACUGCUAGUGGUCAAUGAGAGCUUCACCUACUAUCCUGACCCUGUGUUCGAACCCCUCGCCCCCACCAUGCUGGAGCUGAAACCAGGAUCCCCACUCAUACUCAAGGGAAGGAACCUGAUUCCUCCGGCUGCCGGCAACACCAGGCUGAACUACACCGUCCUGAUAGGAGACGAGCCGUGUGUGCUGACUGUGUCCGAAACUCAGCUGCUCUGUGAAUGGCCCAACCUGACCGGCCAGCACAAAGUCACUGUGCGAGUUGGAGGAUUUGAGUAUUCCCCCGGAACGCUUCAGAUCUACUCGGACAGUCUGUUGACGCUGCCUGCAAUAAUCGGAAUCGGGGGUGGAGGAGGCCUCCUGCUGCUCGUCAUCAUUAUCGUGCUCAUCGCUUACAAGCGCAAGUCCCGCGACGCUGACCGCACGCUCAAACGCCUGCAGCUGCAGAUGGACAACCUGGAGUCCAGGGUGGCUCUGGAAUGCAAGGAAGCGUUUGCAGAGUUACAGACUGAUAUCCAUGAGCUGACGCAGGAGCUGGAUGGAGCUGGAAUCCCCUUCCUGGAUUACCGCACUUACGCCAUGAGGGUUCUCUUCCCUGGCAUUGAAGACCACCCUGUGCUGAAGGAAAUGGAGGUGCCGGCCAACGUGGAGAAGGCUCUGACGCUGUUCGGGCAGCUGCUGAACAAGAAGCACUUUUUGCUGACGUUCAUCCGCACUCUGGAGGCGCAGCGCUCCUUCUCUAUGCGUGACCGAGGCAACGUGGCCUCCCUCAUCAUGAGCGCCCUGCAGGGGGAGAUGGAGUAUGCCACAGGAGUGCUCAAGCAGCUGCUCUCCGACCUCAUAGACAAGAACCUGGAGAGCAAGAACCACCCCAAGCUACUGCUCCGCAGGACGGAGUCUGUGGCUGAGAAAAUGCUGACAAACUGGUUCACCUUCCUGCUCUACAAGUUUCUGAAGGAGUGUGCAGGUGAGCCUCUCUUCAUGCUGUACUGUGCGAUGAAGCAGCAGAUGGAGAAAGGCCCGAUAGACGCUAUAACAGGAGAGGCGCGCUACUCUCUGAGUGAAGACAAACUCAUCAGGCAGCAGAUCGACUAUAAGACUCUGACGCUGCACUGCGUUAACCCGGAGAACGAGAACGCGCCAGAGGUGACGGUGAAAUGCCUGAACUGUGACACCAUCACUCAGGUGAAGGAGAAGCUGCUGGAUGCUGUUUAUAAGGGCAGCCCGUACUCUCAGAGACCAAAGGCUGGAGACAUGGAUCUGGAAUGGCGCCAGGGGCGAAUGGCCAGAAUCAUCCUUCAGGACGAGGACGUUACCACCAAGAUCGACAACGACUGGAAGCGGCUCAACUCGCUCGCGCACUACCAGGUGACGGACGGCUCAGUGAUCGCUCUUGUCCCGAAGCAGAACUCUGCCUACAACAUCUCCAAUUCCUCCACCUUCACCAAGUCGCUCAGCAGAUACGAGAGUAUGUUAAGGACAGCCAGUAGUCCGGAUAGUCUUCGCUCUCGGACACCCAUGAUCACUCCGGACCUGGAGAGUGGAACAAAGCUCUGGCAUCUGGUCAAGAACCACGACCACUCUGACCAGAGGGAGGGAGACCGUGGCAGCAAGAUGGUGUCAGAGAUCUACCUGACACGCCUGCUCGCCACCAAGGGCACACUGCAGAAAUUUGUAGACGACCUGUUUGAGACCAUCUUCAGCACGGCCCACAGAGGCAGCGCACUCCCACUUGCCAUCAAAUACAUGUUUGACUUCCUGGAUGAGCAGGCUGACAAACACCAGAUAACAGACCCAGAUGUCCGACACACAUGGAAGAGCAACUGUUUGCCGUUAAGAUUCUGGGUGAACGUGAUCAAGAAUCCUCAGUUUGUCUUCGACAUCCACAAGAACAGCAUCACAGACGCGUGUCUGUCUGUAGUCGCUCAGACCUUCAUGGACUCGUGUUCCACAUCAGAGCAUAAGCUGGGCAAAGACUCGCCCUCCAACAAGCUGCUCUACGCUAAAGACAUCCCCAACUACAAGAACUGGGUGGAGAGGUACUAUUCUGAUAUCUCUCGGAUGCCGGCAAUCAGCGAUCAGGAUAUGAGUGCAUAUUUGGCAGAGCAAUCCCGCCUGCACUUAAACCAGUUCAACAGCAUGAGUGCCCUGCACGAGAUCUACUCCUAUAUCACCAAGUACAAAGAUGAAAUCCUGUCUGCGCUGGAGCGUGAUGAGCAGGCCCGCAGGCAGAGGUUGAGGAGUAAGCUGGAGCAGGUGAUUGACACCAUGGCUCUGAGCAGCUGAUCAGGGGUCCAAGCACUCGAAACAAACACGAACUGACGACACACACACACACUCUCUCUCCCCAGGUCUCCAACCCAUUGAGCUACACACUGCAAAAGAAGUGACGCAGUACACUGGAGCUUCUACAGAGCUGGGCACACACGCUUCUCCAGUGUGUGUUUGUGUGUGUGAUUUUUUUCCUUUUUUUGUGUGUGUGUGUGUGUGUGUGUGUGUCUGUGUGGAUGACCCCCACCAUGGUCAACACACAUUACAGGACACAUCACAGAAAAAAAAAAAAACACAAAACAUUUUGACCAUUUGUUGUUGGUGCAAUUUCAACCUUUUUUUUUUUUUGUUGGAGUGUAAGUGUGUACUGGACCUCUUCAAACAGAAAAAGAAGAGAGAGAGAGAGACACGCAGACGCAGACACACAUACACAUAUACACGUGAUUUUGCCCGUGGUGUUUAAAGACUCAAGAAGAAGAAGAAGGAGGAAUUCUGGGAUGCCUGCACUCCAGCCAUGUUAUGGGUCGUGUGAUGAUGGGUCAUGUGAUAGUUGUCGUCGUGACAUGCCCCCUGGAAUGACGAAGGACAUUCAGAGCUUUUUUUUUUCCCCUCUCUUUUUUUUUUUUGUGUGUUGAUUUGUCUUGUUUAUUGUUAUUUUUUCUGAUUUUGUACAAAUGUAACGGACUGCCCUCUCUCUGCUCUUUUUUUUGCCACUCGUGUUACUGCUGAAUUUGCACAGUUUACAGGAACCAGUACAGAGGACAAAUCUUCUUCAGAUAUUAUAUAUAGAAAUAUAGAAAUACUGUUACAUUUUCAGCCAAGCGAAAUGAACCAUUGAUUCAAUUUCUUUGCCAUGUUAUCACCAGAACACAAUAGUCGACGAAGAUGAUUAGAUAUUUAAGCAGAAGAAAAAAAAAAUCUACAUAGGAAGGAAAAAAAAAUAUCAAUAUGAGAAUAUGAAUAAAAUGUUGUCCUGUGCCAUGUUUUAUUUGAAUGUCGUUUAGUGAAAAGGCAUUUUGUUACAUGGGAAUGUGCUAUAGAUUUUUUUUUAUAUCUUUUUUUUUUAUUUUAUUUUUUUUUAUAUAUAUGACCUUGCCUGAUGACUGAAAAGAAAAACAAAAGACAAACAAAUCAAGGUUUGGUGUAGUGAAGUAGAGAUCAGGUGAGUUUAGAAUUGAUCCAGAGUUCUGAAGGCAAAAGAGGAGGAGGGGGGUUGAGGUGUUUGCUCUCAGGCUUGCUGAUGGUCUCUCUGAGAAGCAGGCAUGCUUGUCUCCCUCCAUACACUGCGGGGUGUGUGUGUGUGUGUGUGUUUGUGCGCGCUUGACACCGCGAUCGCCGCUGCCUCUUUCUCUUAUGGAUUUUGCCUCCUCUUUGCGCAAAUGCAUCAGGAGAAAGAGGAGUAGAUUUACUGCAGUCCCUUUUUUUCUUGGUCUCUUAAGAGAAGGAGUGAGAGAGAUAGAGGCAGAGAGAGAGAAGGGUUUGAAGCUUCUAAUUCAUUACUGCUUCAAACUCAGAUCAGAGCGAGCGAGGGAAGGACGAAGAGGAGGAUAGAGACCGAGAGAAAGAGGAGCUUUAGCCUCAGCUCAUUAAAGAGACAGGGCUAAGUAAUCCUGUUACCCUCUGGCCUUCUGCCUCGUGCGUGCGUGUGUGUGUGAGUGUGUGUGCGCGUGAUUUUUUAUAAAUGAUCUUUUCUCUCAAGUCUCCUGUGAGACGUUCUGUGAUGAGAGGCUAUCUUAGAAGUUUUUUUUUUUGGUUGUUGUUUUAUUAUAAUUUUUUUUAAUCUUGCUUUAAUUUGCUUGCCUAAAGAAACCAAACUGUGAUCUGUGGUGGAUUUGAUUUUGGUGUUUCAGUUUUUGUAAUGCAACAUUUUGUUCUACAUCUGAAAGUGGUUUACCAUUGUAACCUGAGCAAGUUGUGUUUUUCAGUCGUCAUUCUCUCCAUGAAAUGUACGUGGGCGGUACUGUCUGAGGUACGACAAAAAGAUGAAGAAAAAAAAAACUAACAAAACAAACGAACAAAAAAAGAAAGAAAAAAAAAACGAACCUAUUUUUUAAUGUGGAUCCAAAUUUUACAACCCACCUCCUGCUAGUGUGCCUGCAACCCCUGUAAAAGACCACCGAGGGGGGUCCGUCAGCUUUUCUGAUGGAAUAUUUUGUCAUGGGACAGUGAGAUGCUGCUUUAUUGCUUUGAACCCCCCACUCCGCUCCUCCCCCACCCAAACUAUUUGCUUGUGUAUCGCUCGAGUUUGUCUUUUUUGAACUUAUUUUGUUAUCUUUUCUGUUUCAGGAAGGUUUAGCAUACGGUUGGGUUUCUGUGGAACUCAUAUGUGUUUUAAAACAAAAAAUAAUCUAUUUUUUUGGACCAAAAUCAUCAUUAAACGCAGGUUCGAACAGGGUGACUUCCCGCCUAAAGCCCAUCCAAGCCCAGAGCCAGUGCGAGUGAGCUGUCAGCUGUGGUUAGCCAGCAAACAUCCACUAGUUCUGACACAUUCAUCCAUUUUUAACCAAGGUGAAUGUGUGGAGAAAUGGAGAGCGAGAGAUAGAGCGGGUUGGAGAAAACGCUUACCUCACACAUAUGGCCACACAGUAGUUGACUGCAUGUGAGAGUGUGUGGUUUGGAUAGGCUGGUAAUCUUUGCCCCACUGAUGGAUCUGGCCUAAUGGAAAUAGAUUAGCUGUGUGCACGGAGGCUUGAAGCAGUUUCCGCUAACCGUCGGCUGAUGAGCUAUCAGACUUAUGUAAUCAAAUGAAUUUUACAUUAGUCUACGCAGCAGUACAUGGCUCAGCCUCACUCAGGCAGGGCAAAUUCAGAUUCCACUCGGCUGCGGUGCGACGGCUGCUCUGGCUGAGCGUGGCUGAGGAGCACGGCUGGGCUGCGGAUGGUGUUGAAGGUGCAUUCAAACAUCUCAGGAUCUCCUCUUAGCUUCUGUGUUGACACUGCCUCAAGAGUUCAUAAUGACAUAAAGCCAGGUAGAGCUGCACAGUACAGACAGAGCUGCACAGAGCGGUAACGCUGGUACAUGUUAGGAUUCUGAGAUGCCUUGAUUUGAAUUACUGCUGUUACAAAACUUGUAUCUCUGAAAUAGUAGCUUUAAAGAAUAUUUUAAUAGAGAUGGAAUGGGAUUUUUUUGGGCAAGCAUAUCUGCUGAUAAAUAUAUUUAUAACAGAAAUUAGGCCCUGAAAUUAUUACAAAUGUACUGUAGUCACGCAAAUUUCAUUUUUCUUUUCUUAUGAUUGACAUGAUGUAAAUCUGCCAUUGUGCAAAUCUUUAUAAUGAAUGGACCAAUAGAAAUGCUCCAAAAUGACUUUUUCCAUUGACUUCCAUUAAACAUUCAGAAGGUUUUUUGUUUUUCCAAUUUCCUUCUACUGUAUAGUUAAAAUUUUAGAGAUGACAAUGAAGGUACGUUUUCAUGUGACAGCAACAAUACAAUUUAUUUGUGUAUUGUUAAUACUGUAAAAUUAACUGAAUAAAAUAAUUUAUACUGUAAAAUUGAUGAAAUAUAGAUGUUAUAGUUCCGUCGUUCAGCAUUGUGUACUAUACAUUCUUUAUCAUAUGUUGGUUUGAAGUAAUGGCACAAUCUCUAAAUGUCUAUCAGACGGUGAUAUAUAUACAUUUUUUUUAAUCUGCAAAUACUAAUAUUUCAUCUAAUAUCACAGUGCAUCUCUAAUUUUAAACUUUAAUGUAGAUUAAUAUGAUUGUAUUUUAUUGUAAGUACGUAUGUGCUCUUCCAUUAGUGAUAAAAUGUUUGUACAAUGUAUAUAUUGUUGCUAUUUGUCAACAAAAGCAGAUUUUUUUUUUGCUACUGUAAUUUUCAGUUCUUUAUCAUGUUAGCAUUUCUUGAUAAUUGGACCAAUAGAAUAAAUGGCCCAUAAUAAAUUGUGAAUAUAUAGUGUAUGCUUCUCUUUAAAAUUCAGUGUUUGAGAUACAAGGUUUGUGUGCAAGAACAAUACAUAUAUUUUUCAUGGCACCAGAUACACACCAGUCUGCUAUAACAUUAGUACUACCAAUGGGUGAAUAUCUAUCUUUAUCUAACAGCAGUAUUUGUUAGCGGCCAGGGUGGAUAUAUUAGGCAGCAAAUGAACAGUAAGUUCUUAUAGUUGAUGUGUUGAAGCAGGACAAAUAGAGACAUGAAAGAAUCUAAGCUAAUUUGAUAAGAACAGACAGUGAAAGAUAGGUGACUGGAGGGUCAGAACAUCGAACAGCUCCACAGCAUCAGGCAGCUCUAGUUUGUAGGGCUCCUAUAUGGUAUGGAGUUGUCAGAACCUAACAAAAAGUGCUCCAAUAAAGGAGAGCUGGUGAAGGCUAAUUGAUGUGCUUUAUAGAAGUCCCACCUUCAACUUACAGCACUUAAAUGAUCUGCUGCUGAUGUUGGUCUAGGUGCCAGAUUCCACAGAACUUCUUCAGAGGCCUUGUGGAGACCAGAUCUAAUGUGGUGGCACAAAGGGGGAACCUAUUCAAUAUUAGUAAGGUGUUACUAAAGUUAUGGCAGAUUGGUGUAUAUAUGUGCUUAUAUACCUGUAAACAAGACAGGCAAUCUAGUAGUAAUUAUCAGUAAUUAACAUAUACUGUGCAGCGCUACUGUGUAAAAGAAUCACAGGUUUGUUUACAGAGCAUUGAGACUGAGCCGAGGCAGGCAACACAGGCUGUAGGAGCAUUUUUCCUUUACUUCCACUUAUUUCACUCCUUACGUUGAGAUCAAUGGAACUGUUUAGUUCUUCUCUUCCUCUCACUGUUAAUGCUGAACUGUAUAAAAUGUGUGAUGUUAAUAGUGGUGAGUUUUCAGCUGGAGAAAGAGAGAGAGAGAGGAAAUGAAAGCUCUCUUUCUCCUGAGUGUUUCUGAUCGUGGCCACCCCCUCUUUACCUUCUUCCUGUGCCCAUUCUGUCUCUCUCCCCCUCUCCGGAGUUCUUUGUUCCUCAUCGCACUCCUUCCUUCAGUUCCUCCUACCACAGGCCUUCCUGUCCAUCACCGCGCAUCUCUGCUCCGUAACACACAGCACUGCCUUCAUCUUGAUGCCAUUGUGUUUCUCCAACUCUAGCAUCAGUGCUUGUCACCAAACAUCUCAAAUCUCCACCGCACCCUUUCUCCGUGCUUCCAUCUUUCCCAAAAGCAGUGAGUGCUGUCCUUUAAAAAAAAAAAAAAAGAAAGAAAGAAAAAAAACAAGCCUUGUUUGGCAUCAGCUCGAACAAAGAACUAGUAAACGAAUUGCAGGAAGAAUGACAUCAAUCGAGUUUUAAUACUAUGAUAAACCAGACGCAUUUUUAAGAAUUUCAGACUUGAAACAGCUGUCACAAGUUGGCUGGUAAGCAUUCAUUGUGUAAAUAUUCUGUUGUUUCCUAUUUUGCAGAUUUACUACUUGUAAAUAAAACACACAUCAAGGAGAGAUUAAACAGUUUUUUGCUAAAUAAA